GUCCCCGGGUACUCACUGGUCUCUUUCAUCAACUUUCAGUACAUCAAUUCAUCUCAAACUUCAAUAUGGCUAUGCCACAAUCAAUCCAUUACAUAGAUGCAAAAGGGCGUGUGAUUCGUGCGAUUAACCGAGUCACUUCAUUUGUGAAAGCUUCCGGUGAUUACAACAAUGACCGGACAAACAUCGGAAAACAGGCAAAAAUCAAGCAGAUGCUCUCUGAACUAAAGGAGAUUCGUCGUUGCGUUAAUGAGGACAUUCAAAUAAUGGAAACUGCCGUCGGACAAUCGACUGCACCUAUUGAUGUUACCGAUAAUAAGUGUAGUAGUUCAUUAAUUAGUUCAUUUGAAGAUCUAUUUUAUGAACUAGCUGCGUUUGCUGACAUUCAUCAAUUUCCAUUGUCACCAGUCACAGAGAUGUCUCAAUCCUUUGCUUCCAGCACGGCUCAACAAUCUGGUACGUUGGGAAAUUUGUCCUGUUUCCAGUUACCAAAACGCAAAUUUCCCACAUUUUCUGGAGUAAUUACAGAGUGGCAAGGCUUUGAGGAUUUAUUCCACUCAAUAUUAUCACAUGCUCCAGAUCUACCUAAUGUUGAGAAAUUUGAAUAUCUGAAAACUUCUCUUCAAGGUGAAGCCUUAUCACUGGUUGCUCAUUUACCAUUGACAGCAGCGAACUACUUGAGUGCCUGGGACAUUCUAAAGUCUCGCUAUGGAAACAAACGUGAUCUGGCUCGCAUUCAUUUUCAAUCUCUUCUAAAGAAGCAUGUCGUAAAAUCCACAGACUCACAAUCUAUCAAAACCCUGCUUAAUUCCAUUACGGAACAUACUGCAGCAUUAGACAAUUUAGAUUUCGUAACUAGAUCAUGGAGUCCACUGUUGUUAUACAUCUUCGAACAACAUCUGGAUUAUGAGUUACGAUCUCGAUGGGAGUUAUUAGUGGGAGACAAACACUCUCCGAGUCUACCAGAAUUUAUCGAUUUCUUACGUCAGCACAUGCGUUCUGCAGAAGUAUUUAUACCCUCGAUUCCGACUACACAUAUAGCAAAAUUGCCUCGAAGUCAAGAAAAACCUCGUACUGGCUCAAUUCAAAAAAUACUUACAGCUACCACCAGUCAAUCACCAAAUGUGAACUGUCCAAUAUGCAACCAGGCACAUUCAAUUCGGAAAUGUUCACGAUUCAAUGAACAAACACCUAAUGAACGGUUCCAGCUCGCGAAAUCGCACAAACUUUGUAUUAAUUGUCUAGGAGCCGGGCAUACAUCAGCAGCAUGUCCAUCUAAGUACAAAUGUCAAGUUUGUAACCGAUCCCAUCACUCGUUAUUACAUUUUAAUUCAAAUUCUGGAUCAAACUCACAGCAACAAAUGCCGUCUAAUGUACUUCCUGCUGACGCUUCGAAUGCCAUAUCCAUGAUAGUAAAAGGAGUACCCAAACGCGCUAUAUUAUUAUCAACUGCAAUACUUGAUGUGAUCGCCGCUGAUGGUCAUCGGCAUUCUUUACGAGCGCUGUUGGAUAGUGGCUCCCAAGCGAGCUUUAUAACUGAAAAGGCUGCCUCCUUGUUAAUGCUACGUCGAUUUCAUUCAACCGUUAACGUUACAACCUUUGCCAGUACAACCACUACGCUAGUCAAAGGGAAAGCCACUAUAAGUAUACUCCCCUGUAAUAAAUUAUCACCGUCUGUGUCUGUAGACACAUUAAUUGUUCCAAAAAUUACUGGUCUUACGCCCCAAGUUCCAAUCACUCACGGAACAUGGACUCAUGUUGAGAAUCUUCCAUUGGCAGAUCCGUCAUACCAUCUUCCUGGAGACAUUGACUUGCUAUUAGGUGCUGAUAUGUUCCCAUCUCUCGUUCUAACUGGUCAACUCAAAGGGAAAAAUGGUGAACCUAUGGCAAUGGAAACAAUCUUUGGCUGGGUAUUAGUCGGACCAAUUCAAUCCUCUUCCUCUGGUUCACUUAAUUCAUUCUGCAUAUCUGUAUUCGAAAACCUCGACAACACUAUAAAGAAAUUUUGGGAACUUGACGAAUUGCAAGCCAUUCAUCACCUCAGUGAAGAGGAUUCUAUUGCAGAGAAAUUUUAUCAACAGACGACAACUCGCCUUGCAUCAGGACGGUUCAUGGUUAAACUUCCCUUCAAGUCAUCACGCCCCUUAUUAGGCGAUUCAAGAACCAUGGCUCUUCACAGAUACAGAUCUUUGGAGAUCAGGCUUAGUCGAGAUCAAAAUCUACGCCAACAAUAUGUUGAGUUUAUGCACGAUUAUGUAUCAAAUAACCACAUGGAACUCAUUCCUGCCGAAGAAAAAGAUCUUCCAUAUAAUUAUUAUAUUCCUCAUCAUUGUGUGCUUCGGCCAGAUAGCCUAACUACAAAAUUGCGUGUUGUUUUUAACGCUUCUGCACGAACAACUACGGGAUCAUCUCUCAAUGAUCUUUUGUAUACAGGUCCCAAAUUACAACCUGACAUCCAAGUCGUUCUAUUACGCGCUCGAUUAUAGAAAUAUUUGUUUAUG